CAGCUUGACACCUGCCUAUAUACAGAGGAAGAGAGCUAAUAUCCAGAACACUCAUCUCUUCCCCUACUACAAACAAAUAUUAGGUCAGCUGAAAAGAUCCAGAGAGGGAGAAGGCUUAGUCCAUCCUGCAUCCCAGCUAUGACUUCCAGUAAAAUAGAGAUGCCUGGAGAAGUGAAGACAGACCCUGCUGCCCUGAUGGCCUCUUUGCAUCUGCUGCCCUCACCCACCCCAAACCUGGAGGUCAAGCAUACUAAGAUUUUUAUAAAUAAUGAGUGGCAGAGCUCUGAGAGCGGCAAAGUGUUCCCGGUUUAUAAUCCGUCCACGGGAGAGCAGAUCUGUGAGAUCCAAGAAGCUGAGAAGGCUGAUGUGGACAAAGCAGUAAGGGCUGCACGUUUAGCGUUUUCUCUGGGCUCAGUGUGGCGAAGAAUGGAUGCAUCUGAGAGAGGGCGACUUUUGGAUAAACUAGCUGAUCUGGUAGAAAGAGAGAGAGCAAUCCUUGCUACACUCGAAUCCCUGAAUAGCGGCAAGCCUUUUCUACAGUCGUUUUAUGUAGAUCUACAAGGUGUGAUUAAAACUCUCCGCUAUUAUGCUGGCUGGGCUGACAAGAUACAUGGCAUGACUAUCCCAGCAGAUGGAGAUUAUUUUACAUUUACAAGACAUGAACCUAUCGGAGUAUGUGGACAGAUCAUCCCAUGGAACUUUCCUCUACUGAUGUUUGCAUGGAAGGUGGCACCAGCUCUCUGCUGUGGGAAUACUGUUGUGAUUAAACCGGCUGAACAAACACCACUCACUGCAAUUUACAUGGGAGCUCUCAUCAAAGAGGCUGGGUUUCCACCAGGAGUUGUGAAUAUUUUGCCAGGAUAUGGGCCAACUGCAGGCGCAGCAAUAACUUCUCACCCUGGCAUAGAUAAAAUUGCAUUCACUGGCUCUACAGAGGUUGGCAAACAGAUCCAAGAGGCAGCAGGAAGAAGCAAUCUGAAAAGAGUGACUCUUGAACUAGGAGGAAAAAGUCCUAACAUUAUUUUUGCAGAUGCAGAUUUGGACUAUGCUGUGGAACAAGCACACCAAGGUGUCUUCUUCAACCAAGGACAGUGUUGUACUGCAGGCUCCAGAACAUUUGUUGAGGACUCAAUCUAUGAUGAAUUUGUUCGGAAAAGUGUUGAACGUGCAAAGAGGAGAAUAGUUGGGAGUCCUUUUGAUCCAACUACAGAACAAGGCCCACAGACUGAUAAGAAGCAGUACAAUAAAAUUUUGGAACUGAUUCAGAGUGGCAUUACCGAAGGUGCCAAACUGGAAUGUGGUGGCAAACCAUUGGGAAGGAAAGGACUCUUCAUAGAGCCAACUGUCUUUUCCAAUGUGACAGACGACAUGAGAGUUGCUAAAGAGGAGAUAUUUGGGCCUGUCCAACAAAUACUGAGGUUUAAAACAAUGGAGGAAGCUAUUGAAAGAGCCAACAAUUCCGACUUUGGGCUAGUUGCAGCUGUAUUUACCAAUGAUAUCAACAAGGCCCUUACAGUCUCUUCUGCAAUGCAGGCUGGAACAGUGUGGAUAAAUUGUUACAAUGCUCUAAAUGCUCAAAGCCCAUUUGGAGGAUACAAAAUGUCUGGAAAUGGAAGAGAAAUGGGGGAAUAUGGAUUGCGGGAAUACACAGAAUCAAAGACAGUGACCAUAAAGAUCCCACAGAAGAAUUCCUAAAAAGUUUAUGAAAGCCAGCAUACUAUGAUAAAGAUGACCAUUGCUCGCUAAAAUGAACUAAAAUUUUGGUAUUCUGUAACACUACACUGAUGCUAACUGGACUGAAGGUUAAGAUGUAGGGACAAGCUAUUUUUAUAGAAUGUCUGACAGCUUCUGUUAAGUUUAUUCAGACCACUUCUCAGAAACAGUAUGUAAUAUACAAUGACCUCUUUAUGCUGUUUCUGUAUCUACCAGUUAAAAUCUGGACAAUAUGUAUUAGCCAGCCUUAGGUCUUCUAUAUACUUAUUCUAAUAUAUAAGGGAGCCAAAUUACUUCCAUCUACAAUAGAUGAACUUUGUACUGAGGUUGUUAGAUUGGUAAUGCAAAGAAAAAAAUAAGUUUUUUUUUUUGUGUGACUGUUUGUAGAUAGGUCUUUUAGCUCUUUGACAUGUCUAAUAUGUUUGAUAUUUUCACUGCUAGCAUGUUGAUCAUUGGUCAUUUUGCAGUCUUCCAGAUUUUGCCACUUUUGGCCAAGUUUACUCUUAUGUGUAUACAAAUAUAAUAACGGCGGGAUUCAAAGCCAGAUAACUUACCCUAUUUAUAAAAUCCCUGAACUUUCCUGUGAUCUAGCCAAUGUUUUUUAAACUGGAUUUUAAUUGUAAGAUUCUUAUUACAAAUUAUGGUCUUAAAAUGAAAGAGGGGGUGGGAGGGCAGGGGUUUUCUCUAGUAGUUCCUGUUCUUGAUUACUCUGAAGGCUCUAUGUUCAGCCUUAACAUUCUAAAUGAUAUAUUAAAGCUUCCAUUACUGGCUUUAUUGCUCAAUAAAAUGGACACUAGAUAAAUCAAGCAGAUGUUUCAUUUUUUGGACAUUUUAAAUGUUUACUUGAAAAAUGGCUAAUAAAAUCUGGAAGAGUUCUGCUUUUAAGAGGAUCCAUUAUAGAGCACUGUAGGAGACCUUAAAACUAAAAAAAAUCAUUGAGAUUUAAAGUUACUGUACGCCUACACAUAAAGGCUUUUUCUUUUGACUUUGUUUUAUAAGUUUAUAUUUUGGGAUUUUAGCUUUGUAUAUAUUUUCCUUUUAAUUGUAAUGAGGGCAGAGUUAAGUGUCUUCCUGUUCCUAAUCUCUCUGCUACAACUUUCAAUAUGUAAUGCAUGUGUGUGUAUAUAAAUAUAUAUGUAUUUUAUUCUAUGUCUUUGCUUUACAUAACUAUAUAUUCAGCCUUCCUCUAAUCUUAGAUGCAUGCAAUGUAGGUGCCAUGCAACAAAAAUGUUAUUCUCUCUCUUAAAACAAAAUCCAGAUAUGAGGAUUGGUAAAAUACAGCCCCAUCUUAACCAGUAAUACUCAUAGUAUAUUGGAUUUGAGUAUAAGGUGUUUAUGGUGGUCCACAGUUUUUAAAUGUACCUGAUGUCUACCAAGGUGUGAUAGCCAUGAAAUAUGAUAAAUCAAUUGCAUGUUUCAAACUCUAAAAUGCUCAUGGGGAUAUAGGUCACUUACAA